AUGGAGGCCGAAUUAAAGCCGUCUGUGGUGGAUUUCGAUUUCAAGCAGGAGCGGCCGGGCGGCACGCCCCUGGCCAUGCUGGCGGCUCAGUGCAACAAGCUGGCCAGUAAGAGCCCUCCUCCGCUGGCGGACGCGGCUGUGGGCAAGGGCUUUCACCCCUGGAAGAAGGCCGCGACGCAAGGAAACAGCUCCUCGACGCCUCCGCCGCAGCUUCAAACCUCGUCGGCGUCCGUACUCGGACAGCAGCACCCGAGGCUGGCGCACUCGGGCUCCUCGCCUUACCAGCACAACCACCAGAGGACGCCAGUGUCGAGUGGCUCCGUGACGACGGCGACCACAACGCCGUGCAGCUACCCGUCCGAGUCUCUCUUCUACCCGGGUGUCUCCGCGGCUGCCACGACCGGAGUGCCCUCAGCCGGUGCGGCCAGCGACUCCCUCCUUGCCAAGGUGGAACCCCUGGGCCGCAUGUAUUCGCACGCGUACUGCGACAACUGGCCCUACGCGGCGGCGGCUGCGCACAUCAAGCCCGAGGCGGCCAACGCCUUCAACUCGUCCCCCUGGUGGGAGGUGGGCGCGGGUGGCUCGUGGCUGGACGCCACCGGCCACUCGCAGCUGCCCAACGCGUACGCGGCCGCGGCCGCCGCCAGCUCGGACUACGGUCUCGGGUCGGGCUUGGCCGGCAGCCCCCUGCUCGGCUCCUCCCCGCUGCUGCAGGACACGUACAAGUCGAUGCUUCCUGGCCAGGGUGCCCCCGGCGUGGCAUCGCCGUUCUCGCUGGCGCAGCCGGCGCUGCCGCAGGUCGCCGCCUCGUCUCCGCGGUCACAGCGGAGGUACACGGGCCGGGCGACCUGCGACUGCCCCAACUGCCAAGAGGCUGAGCGGCUCGGACCCGCCGGGGCCCACCUGCGCAAGAAGAACAUCCACUCGUGCCACAUCCCGGGCUGCGGCAAGGUGUACGGCAAGACGUCGCACCUCAAGGCGCACCUGCGCUGGCACACAGGCGAGCGACCUUUCGUCUGCAACUGGCUCUUCUGCGGCAAGCGGUUCACGCGGUCCGACGAGCUGCAGCGCCACCUGCGCACGCACACGGGCGAGAAGCGCUUCGCCUGCCCCGUCUGCAACAAGCGCUUCAUGCGCUCCGACCACCUCAGCAAGCACGUCAAGACGCACAACGGCGGCGGAUCGUCGGGCGACAAGAAGGGCUCCUCCUCGGGAUCCUGCUCGGACUCGGACAACUCGCAGAGCGAGGCGCCCUCACAUCCGAUGGGAGGCCUGCCGCCCUCACAGCUGGGCAGCUCGGGCAGCCUGUCUCAGGGCCUCGCCCUGGGCCCGCCGCCCCCGCCGCACGUGCCCCUCGGAGUCCUGGGCGCGCACGUCGCUCCACAUCCGGCCGACGCCCACCGACACAAGUAG